GCGUGUUUCUAUGAGCAGCCCGUAAACAACAUGGCGGCUGCGCCGACCCCUGAUUAGCCCUCGGGUUGUAGGCAGCUGUGAGGGGCACUGGGAGCUGCGGGUGCUCGGAGGGGAGCGCACAGGGGUCCGAGAGCGGGGAGCGCGACAGGUCUGGCCACUGGGGCUCGGUGAGGGCGCCGGGGCUGCGCCCCCCCCACCCCCACGGCGAGUCGCGCGGGGGUGUGUGUGCCAGCGUGUAGCGCCCGCUGCGACCCCGCUGCUUGUGCCCGCAGUGCGCUCGGCGCUCUGGGCAGGGGCAUUGGGGUGGGGGGGCUGCGGAGGUGACUGGGUCUCUUCCUUGGGUGUUGAGUCGCCUUCGCGGCUGUUGGGGCGGCCGUGCGGGGUGAUGAGUUUGGGGGUGUGACUGAGGGGUAAGGGCUACUCGGGGGUGUUUGUGGGUUUGGUGGGGGCGUGGAGAGGUGUCGCACACCCGGUGCGUCUUGGCUGGGUUCAGUAGCGAUGUCACUGCAGAUCCCGCAGGCUGCCACAACCGGCUCAGAUCUCCCCGCUGUUACCGAGAAAGGGUCCUUGCUGGGUUACAAAAUGAGCGAGGACAGUUGUGUUCCCUCGUCAGUGGAGGAGGAAGAGGAAGACGGGGAGAAAGAAAAGGAGAGAGAGAAAUUGCCUCCUAUCCUGACUUCAUCUAAUACUGCGGCUGGGGGAUUUGAGAGAGGAGACAAAAGCCAAUUUUCUACUUUUAGCAGUUUUAUUUCCACUAUCAACCAAAAGAAAGAAGCAUCCGAAAGCAGCAACUCACCUACUCAACUUGUUAUACCCAACAUAAAAAAUGUGAGAGAUCUACCACCACUUUGCCUUGAUGUUAGGCAAAAGCAUCGCAUCUCUAUAGAUACAGUCCCACCAGAACUGAAAGCUCCAGUCCCUCCAGAACCUUCUCUUCCCAUCCGAAACAAAACUCUGAAAGACUUCCAUGAGGAUAUGGAAAAAGCUAAAUCAUCAGGAGAUUGGAAAACUGUACAUGGUUUUUAUUUAACAACAUUUGAUUCUUUCUUGGAGCUAAAUGCUGCAUUUAAGAAAGAUGUCAGUCUCCCAUUCAAUACCAUUGAAGACUCUGGAAUCAAUGCUAAAUUUGUGAAUACUGUCUAUGAUGCCUUAUUAAACACUCCUCAAGAUAUUCAGAAGUGUGUCCUAAAAGGAAUAAUUAAUGGUCUGUUACAAGAGUGGAAAGGGCCACGAACAAAAGAUGAUCUUAGAGCAUACUGUAUACUUCUACAGAAUCCUCAGUUUAGUAACACAUCUACCUAUGUCAUCUAUGCUCACUUGCUAAGACAGAUAGCAACCUUGGCAGAAGUGGACCAUCAUUUCCUAGCUCACUGGUUUAAAAAGAUUUCACAGAAGAGAUUUAAGCAAUUGGUAGACAGGUUGCUGCAAUUCAUUUCUUUACGUCUGUUUCCUGCAAAGCCUGAAGAAUUCCCACCCAUGAUAAAAUGUACCUGGUGGAUUCCAUCAGCAACCAAAGUCUUGGCUUUAUUCAAUGCUGCAAAUACCCUUGCUAAUCCUGCUGUUAUUCCAUAUACGGAUUUUUAUAAUUCUACAUUAGAUCAUAUUGAUCUCAUGGAAGAGUAUCAUAACUGGCAAUGUUAUGGAAACUCUCACAGGUUUUCUUUCUGUCAGUACCCAUUCGUUAUUUCUAUAGCAGCAAAAAAAGUUAUUAUUCAAAGGGAUUCAGAACAACAGAUGAUAAACAUGGCAAGGCAAAGCCUGGUGGACAAAGUCUCUCGCAGGCAGAGACCUGACAUGAAUAUGUUAUUCUUAAACGUGAAAGUGAGAAGGAUGCAUCUUGUUAGUGAUUCACUUGAUGAGCUGACAUGGAAGAGGGCAGAUUUGAAAAAAAAGUUGAAAGUUACAUUUGUAGGUGAGGCUGGUCUUGAUAUGGGUGGCCUAACAAAAGAAUGGUUUCUUCUCCUUAUUCGCCAGAUUUUUCACCCGGACUAUGGUAUGUUUACAUAUCACAAGGAUUCACACUGUCACUGGUUUAGCAGCUAUAAAUGUGAUAACUACUCUGAAUUCCGAUUGGUUGGAGCUCUUAUGGGACUUGCUGUAUAUAAUAGUAUCACCUUGGAUAUUCGCUUCCCACCUUGCUGCUACAAGAAACUUUUGAGUCCUCCCAUUGUUCCCUGUGAUCAGAACACACCUGUAGGCAACAGUAACGUUACAUUAGAAGACCUAUGUCAAAUUAUGCCAGAGUUGGCCCAUGGACUAAGUGAGCUUCUAUCCUAUGAAGACAACGUUGAAGAAGAUUUUUAUUCAACCUUCCAGGUUUUCCAAGAAGAAUUUGGAGUCAUAAAAUCUUAUAAUCUAAAGCCUGGUGGUGAUAAAAUUCCAGUUACAAAUCAGAACAGGAAAGAAUAUGUGCAGCUUUAUGUUGACUUCAUUCUCAACAAAUCAAUCUACAAACAAUUUGCAGAGUUUUAUUAUGGAUUCCAUAGUGUCUGUGAUUCAUAUGCAUUGAUGCUACUUCGUCCAGAAGAGGUUGAAAUUCUUGUUUGUGGAAGCCCUGAACUGGAUAUGUAUGCUCUACAGAGAAACACCCAGUAUGAUGGCUAUCUGAAAACUGAUCUCACUAUAAGAUACUUUUGGGAUGUAGUACUUGGAUUUCCUCUUGAUCUCCAAAAGAAGCUGCUUCAUUUUACUACAGGAAGUGACAGAGUUCCUGUGGGAGGAAUGGCUGAUUUGAAUUUCAAGAUUUCAAAGAGUGAAACGUCCACUAACUGGUUACCUGUGGCUCACACGUGCUUCAAUCAGCUUUGCCUUCCUCCCUAUAAGAACAAAAAAGAAUUGAAGCAGAAGUUGAUCAUUGGAAUUUCAAAUGCAGAAGGAUUUGGUCUAGAAUAAGAUGAAAUAUUUUAAGUAAAGGAUUUUUAUGUAGCACUCACUUUUCUCUUAUUGUGCCUUUAAGCUUUUCAUGUUUCUGUUUCUUGCAAUAUGCAUUUGGUUUUGCUGUAUGGCAAUACAUUUACUGCUUGCUUUUUUCACAAAGUAACUUUCAUAAAAUACAAAAUGCUGCAUUACUUGACAGAAGAAAGCUGAAGAGGUGACAAAUUCCAGAUUACAGUUUUGUCUCUGGUUAUUCUCAGAGCACUUUAUAAUUAAUCAUAAUUUAUAUCAUGAUGCAUGUUCCACUGGGAAAGGAAACACAAAAAGGUUUCUUGAUUAGAUAAGACUAGUGGCAGAAUGUCUUCAAUGGCACACAAUGGCAAUAGUUAUAACUGCCAUUAAUGUGAGUUUUGGGGCCAUAUUUUCAUAUUGAGACAAAUAGCAAUUUUAGCCUAGUUAAAAUGUAUACAGUUUUAAUGUUUCAUUAUCAAAUAAUUAAGCAGGCUAUUUAAAAAGCAUGUAAAUAACUGCCUAUGAAAAAUAGGAUUUUGAUAGUGCCAUUAACUACUAAAGAUAUAUUUUUACAAAAUACACAGUUUUAGAGAUUAUAUAGUCAACUUCUACAGAUCAACAGAAUUGAUUUGUACAGGGAUAUUUAAAGUACUAUUUUCAAUGUAACUGGACUCAAGGACAAACUUUAAAUAUUUAACAGUCUUCAGACUAAUAUUAUAAAAUUGGCCGUAAACUAGUCAGUUUGGCUGUAGAUAGUUUUUAACCAUGUCUUAAAGAAAUUGGAUGUUGACAGGUCAGUUCUAAAUUUCCUUAAAUUACUUCAGAACUAAGUCUUCCACAACAUAUGGAAAAUAUUAAAAUUUAAACUUGUGUAUCAUACUGUAAUUUGAUCAACAACUUGAUGCUAGAAAUCUUUUACUAAAAUUUUAUUGAAGUAAUCUAUGAAAAAGUGAAUACAAGAACAUAUCAAAUGCUGUAGCUUUCAUUUAACUUGAAGGUCAGUGUUUAGAUAAUGGCUUUUUUCACUGCAUACUGAAUAAAGUAAAUAUAAAAAUAUUCUUUUCAAAAAGUUGUAUUAAAUUUGGAGCUGGGGGACAAACUGAUUGUAAACUAAAGCAAAAUUUCAAGUCCGUUUUUAUUCACAUCCUGAGACAGUUAGCAACAUACAGUAUAGUAUAUUGUAUUUUUUUACAAUAAGUAAUACCCACUGUAUGUUGUAUAGAUUUUACAACUGAACUUAUUUGCAAUAACAAAGUAUACAGUAAUUUUUCUGAUACUUUUCUUAUUCUGGCUAUUUCUUCCUUUCUAUACUACUGACACACAACCAGCAGAUUUCCACAUUGGUUAAUAAACUAAUCUAUCUAUUUUGUAACUUAAUGCUAUUAAUCCUUUAGUGAAUAAGUACACAAUUCAUUCUUUUCUGAUCCUUAAACAAGAUAGUGAUGUUUUACCAUUUUUAUUUUAUUAGGAAUAGAGGUUAGUGAUGGGAUUUUUGAGAGCGUUCUUGGCCUAACUCAGUUCCUCUUUCAGUCAGUGGAAAAACUACCAUUGACUUCACUGGGCCCAUUUUUUAGGCCAGUAAUUGGUGCUUUUAAAAAUACCAUUCUAGAAUUAUAUUUUUAAUUUGGAAAUCUAAAGUGAAUCAGUUACACAAAUCAAACUGUUUCAUCACUGUACUGCCUGAACUAAGGACAUUUAAAAUGGCUAAAAUACUAAUAAGCACCAAAAUGUAGGUGUAUUUUAAAAAUCAGAAUUAUGUAUAUUUUUAUUAAGUAAACUGGAAACACAGUUUUUGUUUCUCAAAAGGGUGAUUCAUGGAAAGUCAUCUUAUGCUAUUAAUUAAUAAAAAUGUUAUACAGUUUCUCUCGUAAAAAUGCACAAAAGUCAAUAUUUUUAUGACUCAAGCCCAUGUUUAAUAACUGAAGCAUUGUAUCUGCCUAUCAUUAAGAGAAAAGCUUUACAUUUUAAUCUUAUCACCAAAUUACACUUUGACAUGGUUUAGUUUUAUUCAUUGAUUUUUUUUUUUUUGGUUUAGUGUGUAAUAUUACCUCAAAAUUUUAAAAGCUAUUAUAUUUGCAUCUGUUUUUAAAAAAAAAACUAAAUAACUGUCAUUGAAUUAAAUUUUAUAUUUCUUGACAUUAAGUUAAAUAAUUGUAAUUUUUGUAUUUGUUAAAUGAAAGCAUUGCACUGUAUUUAUGAAAUAAAUCUCUUAUCUCCUUGUUUAACAUUGUUUGCUCAACUACAUUUUAGUUUUUUGUCCUGUAGUGAAAUCCAAGGAAACCCUUCCAUCCCCCUGCUCCUUUACAAUUUUCUUUUUACAAUUGUUUUGUACAUUGCCUAAGGAAUCUGGUUUGUAUACAUUUGUUCCAUACGGAGUAUCUAUUUUUAUGUACUGAAAUUGUGCGGUCAUUAAAUCAAACAUGUUUCAGUUUCCAAGUUUGACCUAUUAAGUGCAGUAUUUUUCCAUUGAAACAUUUUCUUUGUACUAGCAAUUCAUAAU